CACUCGGCUUAUAUUUAUAACUUAAAAUAAAACAAAUUGUAAAGUCAAAGAAUCCUACUGAACUAAUAUGUACAAAAUAACUUUAUAAAUUAUAAAAAGAACACGGCACAACUGAUUUAGGAAAAGAAAGUUGACUUGAGGUCAAAUGACUACUUCCGCUGUCAUGUCAGCUUCCUUGAACCUAAAUCUAAACACUCGUAUCAAGUCAGUGAUCUCAUUUGAUUUCUCUUUGGAGCACAGUACUUGGUCUAGUUGACGAUCAAAGCAGUUUUUACCCUUUUUUUCUUUGGAGGGCUUUGGCUUUUUAUGAUUUUAAGUUGUCAUUGGUCCAUUUGAAAAUCCCAUUUUUAUAGAAUUCAAACAAAUAAUGGCGUCAAUGGAUGCAGAUCGUGGCUCUGAUGAUACUCGACGUCAAGCGCCAGUGACGGAUCAACACCGAGAGCUAGCUAACCAAGCCAUGCAGGAGUUUGAAAAAGGGCAUUACAAUCAGUGCACAAAUACGAUGAGCCGCCUUGGAGAUGCUCGGGCUACCGAUGUGAAGGUCGUCCUCAACCGAUCAGUGGCUCUGUUCUAUCAGAGCAAUAGCAAAGCCAUUGAUGAGUUCCGACACAACAUCCAAACUGUUUUCAACAUGGCUCGGAUUUCCCCUGACCUCAGUGAGAAGAGCAAUCUGGAUGAUGCCGACUACGCUGUUGUGUACUACAACAAAGCUGUUCUCCUGUAUCACGAAAAGCAGCAUCGGGCAGCAUUGUCUAUCCUGGAGAAACUGUUUAGAUACGUUGAGCCAAUAGUAAGAAAAUUUGGUCCCGUUUCAGAUGAGGGUCUUGCUCAAAAGGUCAUGCUUCUGUUAACAGAGCUGUAUUUAACAGUUCAUCAGCCUUAUGAUGCCCUCAAUAUGGUUCAAAAUAUUGAGAAAUUUCUCACCGGGAAAAGCCAAAACUCACAAGACAAAGACAAGAAUGAAAGUAACAAUGCAGCUGCCCAGGAGGCCCUCAGGGCUAAACUAACGUUGUACAAAGUUCGGUGUAAUCUCAUGGCAAAGCAACUGAUCAACAAGAAAGAAUUUAAGACCUUGUCAGGAAAUAGUCACCCUGUGAAUUUUGCCAAGGCUUAUCAUAUGUAUCUCAGAGGCAAUGCGAAGAAGGCUUCCAAAAUGCUUGGCAACCCACCGUCAGUUCAGCUGUCCCCGAGCAGUGGGGAGUGUCUGGCUCUGAUGUACACCAACAACCAAGCGUUGCUCAACAUGGCCCUGCGGCGACCUUCUCUGGCUGUCUGCCAGCUGCGAGACGCUUUGCAUUAUAAUGAGAAGAAUUCCAGGGAUACUGUGCCAAAUGAUAAAGCAAAGCCACCACUGCCGCUGAGCUACGUGAGUCAACACUACAUCCUUCUCCACAACCUGGGUGUUCUACAACUGCACAGCAAGCAGCCAGCGGCGGCGUUUGAGUGCUUCGUGGAGUGCGUGCAAGUCUACCACCGCAACCCUCGGCUCUGGCUUCGACUUGCCGAGUGCUGCAUCAUGCACCACAAGGAGGUGGGUUGCCGUUCUAGGGCUGCUUUCCGCAGCAAUGAUGGGGACAGAGAACAUCGGCAUAAGCUGGAGGUGGUGCAGGACUCCAUCGGGUCUGGGUUCCACCACAAGUUGGUGCUGGGCCAAGGAACGCUCUCUGACAAAAAGAGCACCCCGUCAAGUGGAGUGUUUCCCAACCUGAACCUGGGCUUUGCCUCCUUCUGUCUGCAAAAUGCUCGCUCGCUACUGCCCACAGACCCACAGGAUGUUGAACCUCCAGCCCAAGAUGAGCAAUCCGAGUUCAGCCCGCCCCUGGCAGACCCUGUGCUGGUGUCAGCUGAACCCUGCAACCCGCUGAGGGAGACAGAAGUUGCCAACUUGAGGUGUUCCAUCCUGGCAGCCAGUGCGUAUGUGGCUCUGUGUGAGAAUGAGCACUACAAAGCCCUCACCUUCUCUGUGGACCUUCUGAGACAACCCAACUUGUCUCCUGCACAAAGAUAUUUAGGCCACAUGUACAAGGGUGAGGCUCUGGUAGCGCUGGACAGGAUCGCUGAUGGUGUGGAUGAGCUCAACCCGGAGAAUGUGACAGACGUGAGCACGACUCUACCGGAGGCCAGUACAGAACAAGAAAAAGACCAGGAGGGGCUAGCUGAAACAAGAGAGGCUAUCGUCCCGUGGAGUCCCAGCAGUGUGGGCGUGGCCAGGGCUCUGAUGCAGUACAACCUGGCUGUGGCUUACUCCAUGAGGACGGAGUAUGGCCGCGCCCUCAAGGCUCUCACCGAGAGCUCUGAGAGGAUUGGAAUUCCUUAUCCAGUGCAGAUGUUUUAUUUGAAGUUGUAUCUGGAUUUGAAGCAAGGUAACAAGAAAGGAGCCAUCAGUCUUAUCAACGAGCAUUUCGGCUACAAUUCAAGAACGUGAUUUGUGAUCCUUCACGCCUAUUUCCCUACCCUCUGUUCUUAAUCCCCACUAACAUAAAACUUUUUUGCACUGGCACACACACACGCACUCCUACUGACUUUGUUGGCUUUAUGCAAUUCUAUUAUUUUUGGCUGGUCUUUUAUCAGUGAAAGAGGGAAAAUACAUUGAGAGGAAAAUCUUUUACUGGUUUAUAAUUUACCAUCAUUUUACAGUCUUGAUUACUUUAUCGUUUCGAAUCUGGAAAUAAUAAUACUUUUUUUUUACCUAGGUCCUGGAGUUGGAGCCAUAAUUUCGCACUUAGUUUUUAUUUUUUUAAGAGAAGGAUAUGAUUUGCAUGUUUUGCACUUGAAAGAACUGUGGACUGUUGAAAGUUGGAAGAGAGUAGGGAACCCUGUUUGGGCUCCUGGGGCAAGCUUGUAAAUUUAUAUCGGCUUUGAAUAGGAAAAAACUAUUAUACUUUCGGAAAGGAUUUACAGCUGAAAAGCAUCAGGAAAAAAUUAGCCAUGUAUGAUAGUAUCAACUGCUCUUACUUCAAGUUGAAGUAUCGGCAAUCGGCUCCCCCUGACACUCAAUGGAGGAAUGCAGAAGAUUGCGAAUCUAGGGACAAUUUUUUUACCUGAAAGUGAGCAAAACUUGAAUGAAGUGAUUGUCUCUCUCUCUGAUUGCCUUUGUAUAAUGUCAGUACCAGUUGUGUGACGUGUGUGCAUGUGUCCAAAUCAAAUACUGAACUGUAUACAUCAUCUUGCGUGAAUGAAAUGUCCAUAUUAUGCUAGCAAUUAAAUAUUCAAACCUUGUGUA